AGUAGUCACUGUGCCAUUGGUCAGUGUAGUCAGGUCACGUGGUACUCCAUCGCGCAGAGGUGCCUCUAAGAAAAUCAAACUCUCAACAUAGUCACAGGGCAGAACCGUCGCGCGAAGCGGGCACAAAAAGGGCCACCAGGGAGAGAGAGCCGGAGUAGAAGAAUUGAAAAAAAGGGGUGACUUGUGGUGAAAGCCGAAAGUGAUGGGAAUUUUCAUUUGGACACACGACUCACCCACCCCGUGAUCCUGCAGUGCCCCCAUACCGCGUCAAAUGCACACAAGUGGGCUCCACCAAUGCUCUGCACGACAGUUGCGUCUCUCAUCUCAUCGUGAACGGUUGUCUGUAGGCCCCCGUGUAACGUGCGAUUUGUGAAGGUGCCCAAGAGUGAAAGUUUUCUUUUUUUUUUUCUAAAAUUUUUCUCCCCAUUCAUUGCUGUAAAAAAAUUCCUCGAUCCUCAACAGUGCUCUUCUUUCUGUGUUACAAUGGAUAAUGAUCCGUGAUCAGUGAUCGCCCCGUCGGGAUCGGCAUUUAAUGUACUUACUAUCAUACAGAGAAGAAACUCUGCGAAAUGGGACCGAGAAGAGGUGUGAGCUAAAAAAGGCAUUUUUGCACACAUUUCAAAAUCUGGAAAAUUUGAAUGGUGUUUAGCAGUGUGAACAAUAUGCAAGAGAAGUGUAAUAGUCUGGACCCACAAAUGGGUGCACAGAUAAAGUCAGAGUCUCCAAUGAAUGCCCUCCAGGGUAUUCAACCGCAGCAGGGAGCACAGCAGGGGCAAUUGGGGGUGAAGCUGGGAGGACAGAACUGUGAUAAGAGAGCUGAUACGGCCUAUUGGAUGACCACCGAGAGUGGUUUCAUCAAUUCGCAGCCCUCAAUGGCGGAAUUCCUCACGCAUAUUGGACCCGAAAGCCCCAAAAUGGGACCUCAGGGCUACCCCGUUGUGUCCCCGGAUGGCAUGGAUGGGGUACCUGAAUACCCGUGGAUGAAGGAGAAGAAAACAGCUCGAAAGAGCAAUGCUCAAGCUGAAUUUGUCGCAGAAAAUGGACUACCGCGUCGUCUCCGGACCGCCUACACCAACACGCAGCUGCUGGAGCUGGAGAAGGAAUUCCACUUCAACAAAUACCUGUGCCGUCCUCGACGAAUCGAAAUUGCCGCCAGUCUGGAUCUCACGGAGAGACAGGUGAAAGUGUGGUUCCAAAAUCGACGGAUGAAACACAAACGACAAACACUGUCCAAAACGGAUGAUGAGGAUUCCAACAAAGACGGUUUAAAAGGUGAUGAAGACAGUCAAUCUUGUAAUUCAAACUCAAAGAAAUCCUGCCAAGGAUGUGAACUUCCAUCCGACGAUAUCCCCGACAGCACGUCCAAUUCACGUGGCCACAACAACAACACUCCAAGUGCCACCAACAACAACAACAAUCAAAAUUCAAACAGUGCAACACCAAAUUCCAGCAGCUUGGACCUCGGAACACCGACCAACAAUGGGGUCGUCACUAAUGGCAUCAACGCCACGAGUAUCAUAAGUGCGGAUUCCAGCGUGGCGUCCAGCGUUAGUCUCGACGACGACGACGAGGCACCGUCCAAGGUGAAGAAGAAAGACGAAAAUCACGUUGUGAAAAAAGAGGCCGUGUCCACGUCGAAACAAUCCACGUAUUUCGGCAACUACGAGCUGUACCGGCGCGAAAGCGAAGUAUCCCCCCUGGCGGGCGUGGCGGCGCCAAUUGCACCCACGAAUGCGCCCUAUCCGCGUGGGCAGAUGGGACAGAUGAAGGGACCCCAGCAGAGGUAUCCCAAUGCCAUGGAGUCCGCUGGUGGCUACUUUCCCGGCUACUACAAGCAACAACAGCCAGAAUACUAUGGGAAGUAUGAGAUUGAAUUUACGAGCCAUCAGAAGCCACCAAUGAUGGGGCAGCAGCAUCAGGAGUUUGUGCAUCAGCCCAAGACGGAUUAUCAUCAAAUGAAGGGAGAUUUUGGGCACAAAGUCACGCCGAAUUUCCACCAAGGCACCCAAGCGUACUAUCAAGAGGGCGGUGUCACGGGGGGCGUGCAGUAUCCCCCCAAUCAGUACAGUGGCUACCCCACGGACUACGAUGGGGCAGCCACCAUGGACCCAUCCGUGUACUACGACCCCAAGACACAAACCAACUACUACGACGGCGGCAUGAAUUACCAGCAGCCCGGCGAAUAUCCCGCCGAAGCUUACAUGACGCCACCUGCCGGCACAACCAUCCAAUCCACCGACAACUGUGAUAAUUUCGCCACUUUCCAGCAGUACUACGACACCCCGAAUGGGAAUCAAGUCUCCGCACCGCCGGCCGGCCAUCUGGCGCACCAUCAUGGCAUUCAUGGGGCGAAUUUUGUCGGGACACCCACCAUGCCGCAGCAGCAGAUGCCGGCACAGCAUCAACCCUAUCAUGCCGGCGGGGGUGUUAACCCAAAUGCAGCAGCAGCAAAUUUGGCUGCACUCGAAAAUAGCAACAGCUCGUCGGAUUUCAACUUCCUCAGCAAUCUCGCCAAUGAUUUUGCUCCCGAAUACUACCAACUAAGUUAGUCUCACUUUGCAAAUCCCUAAAUGAAGAAAACGGGGUUAAAACUAAUCCCCUAAACUAUAAUUCACAAUCCACACACAACAAUUGAACCAAUUAUUGGGUCAAGAAUUGAGCCACAAUUGAGUUCCAUUGAAAUUCAUUUUAAAUUUCUCAAUAAUAA